UCAAGUUCCUUGUUCAUUGAUAUAGUUCAUCCCUUGAUCUGAUAGCAGAAUCUGACUUACACUCAGGAGCCAUAAAAUAAUGAUAUUGAACCGCUCAAUUGUGUUUAUUUUACCAGCUAAUAGAAGAGGAAUCUUUACUUCGUAUCUCACAGACCAAUAAGCAUUUAGAUCACCAUUUACAAAAACUAAGAUGGUAGUUCUGUGUACUCUGUUUCUCGUAACAGUUGCAGUCGGCAGUUACGGGCAAUCUCAGGACGCUCCUGAAAGCUGCUUGUGUGUGCCCUUUUACCAGUGCAGAGGCGGAGUUAUUGUCACUGAUGGUAGUACUAUGCUGGACCCGCGAAGUCCUGAUGGAUUGUCAAAUGGAUCCCCACCGAAAGACAAUUUCGUUUCUUCCUUACCUAAGCUGACGGGGAUUCCAAAGUGCGAUCCCUAUUUUAUCUGCUGUCUUGAUCCAGAGACGUCAAGGGUCACUCCCUUUCGUCAUAAGUGUGGAAACAGGAACGAAGCCGGAACCAAUCCCUUUGCUCCAGUUCCAAAUAAAACAUCAAUAUCUGAGUUCGGAGAGUUUCCUUGGCAAGCUGCCAUCUUAAAAGUUGAUGCUGGAGUAGUUAUAUUCAAAUGUGGAGGAGCUCUAAUUGAUGACAGGCACAUUAUUACAAGCGCCCAGUGCGUUUAUAAAUUCCUUGAUAACAAAAACAGUAUGAUAGUUCGACUCGGUGAAUGGAACAUAGAGGAAGAAGACGAAUACAUGCCCCAUGAAGACUACGGUGUCCAGGAUAUCUUCAUACAUAAUCGGUAUAAUCCCAGCAAUCUUCGCAACGAUAUAGCAGUGGUAAGGUUGAACGACACGGUUCAGUUCAAGUCUUACAUCGACACAAUAUGUCUUCCGGAAGAGGACGACGACUUCACUGGACAGCUAUGCGUUGUUACAGGAUGGGGAGCAGAUAAAAUAAAAAAAGGCACGUACUCUUCGGUCUUGAAGAAGGUUGUCUUACCUGUCAUUGACAAGCGAGAAUGCCAAGAUCUGCUAAGGGGUACCAGAUUAGGACCCCGCUUUCAGUUGCACCACAAAUUUAUGUGCGCUGGUGGAGAAGCUGAUCAAGAUGUCUGUAAAGGGGAUGCAGGUGGCCCCCUGAUUUGCUACAAAUCCGACAACAGUUAUGCUGUUGCUGGUUUGGUUUCCUGGGGCAUUGAGUGUGGGAUUGAAAAAGUGCCAGGAGUCUAUACCGAAGUCAAGAACUUUAUCGAUUUUAUAACUUGCAAAACUCAAAAGCCAAUAAAAGAAUAUUGGCGUUCAUAGAUGUCUGAACAUUUUGACAAACUUCAGAUGUAUGGGAAAAAAUCCUAUCAUACGGUCCUAAGUCCCGAAAUCUCAGAAAAGAAUCUGUAUUACCAAAAUUGAUUUUUUAAAUGCUCGCAUCGAAUGAAAGAUCUACACAUAUUUUUAAAUAUAUGUGAUAUUUUUAACUCUCUUGGAAUCUUCGGUUUGAUUACAGUAAAUCUUAAAAUGAAUGUGUUUAUUUGGCCACAUUGUAAAAUAUUUUAAUCUUUUUAAAUAAAAAUAAUAUAUAGCAAAUUUUGGUUUUAAUAUAUUUAUUAUUUUUAUAGAGUUUCAAAAUAAUAUGCACUGAAAAAUGAUCGUUAUUAAUUAUCUCCCGGACAUUUUAAAACAGUGCCUUUAUUCUGAAACUUGGAAACAACUUCUGUAACCUAUUGAAUAAGUCAGUAUUUUUGCUCCCAUAAUAAUUACAAUAUCACAUAUGGAGAAUUUAUAAACUCAAGUGUUCAAUGAUAUUAUAAUAUAUGUUUUAUUACGUGUAAAAGGCUUCAUUUUUUUAUUCCUCGGGUGUGAAUGUAUAUCUCUCAGACAACUGCGAAAAAUCGUAGCAUCUGCAUGGAGAUAAAAGGUAUUUGGUAAUGAGCACAAGUUUAAUGGGUACCUAUCCAACACAUAUAAUGGGCCAUCGAUUAUUCGCUGAAACAUUCUUGAAACAGAAUUUGUUAUUAGUAGAAAAAGAUGAUCUAUCAAGGAGU